GGACCACCAAAAAAAGCAUCAACCAAUAAAAUCGAUCCACUUGAGACUUUUCUGACACCCACACUUGUACACCACCCAAUUAGCUUCACUCUCUAGAAUGCCACCACCACCACUGGGUCCACUUGAAUUGUGGGACCUCUUUUUAUUUCACCAACUAAUUCCUGACACGUCCAUUUUCCAUGAUCUUAUCCCAUCCGUUUGAUUUCUUCUUACUCUCCCCACCUUCCAAAUCCCUAACCAAAGCUUAAUAUUUUACACAAACACCAAAAGAGAAACAGACAGAGAGAGAUCAGAUACACAAAACACUUAUUAUUUUCCUGGGAAACAAACACUCUUCUUUCUUGAGAAAAUUAAAUGGACGCGGAUGAUGAUGAAGGAGGUGGCUCUGAUCUCAGUACUAGCGCUGGCGGCGGCGGUAGUGGUGGUGGUGAUAUGCAUGAACAAUAUAAUUACGAGAUUAACAUCAAUAACUCCAACAAUACUAAUAAUGCUCGCUCUAUGAUUUCUACCAUUGAUGAGACGGACGCGUUUCAACUUAUGCCGUUAAAAGAGGAACCGUUUGACUCCGACUCGCCUCCUCCUCCGCAAGCGCCGCCGUCUAUUGGUAUGGUUCCGAUGGCUAUGAAGAUGCCAAUGUCUAUACCCAUGCCCAUGCCAGUAACGGCCAAUAGCAGUGCGACAAAUAGACGCUCCUCAACCAAGGACCGCCACACCAAAGUAGAGGGGCGUGGCCGGAGGAUCCGAAUACCCGCUACAUGCGCCGCCAGGAUUUUCCAGUUGACCCGAGAAUUAGGCCAUAAAUCAGACGGCGAAACCGUCAGAUGGCUUCUCGAACACGCCGAACAAGCUAUUAUUGAAGCUACCGGCACUGGAACCGUUCCCGCCAUAGCAGUUUCUGUUGGCGGAACCCUAAAAAUACCAACAACAACACCAAACAAUAACGACGGCGCCGAUACCAAGAAACGCAAACGCCCUUCGAAUUCAGAGUUUUGCGAUAUUAGUGAAGCGCCAGUUGCUCCGAUUUCUCAAAGCUCCGGGCUAGCGCCGGUGACCCCAACCGCCGUAGCAGCAACUCAAAUUCCACAGGGAUUAGUACCCAUAUGGGCGGUGGCCAACACAGGUGUUAAUAUGAAUAUGAAUAUGAUGAUACCCGCUAACACUUUUUGGAUGAUACAACAACCGCCAACUGCAAAUCCGGCGACCCAACAGCCGCCGCAGCAGCCUCAGUUAUGGGCGGUCUCACCUUCAAUAACACCAAUUUUCAACGUGGCAGCCGCCGCUAGGCCAAUAUCAUCAUUUGCUAAUAAUAGUAAUGACCAGUUAGCAUUACCCAUGGAGGUAAAGGCGGUACCGUCGCCAGCGGCUGUAGUGACGAGUACGUCUGUGGGAGCGAAAGUGGCGAAGAAGAAAUCAACGGUGGCGGCGAGUGUGAGUUCUAGCGGCGGUAGUGGGAGUAGCAGUGGCGGAAAAGCUCAAAUGUUGAGGGAUUUUUCUUUAGAGAUAUAUGAUAAACAUGAGUUGCAGUUCAUGAGUGGUUCUGGUAAUGAGUAAGCUUAAAUGAAUAACUAAUUGUAGUCACUAAUUCAUAUGAUGUUAAAGUAAAUUAAUAAGAUUAGUAAUCUUUGUUUUGCUUAA